AUCCAAGUGAGCGCCACGCUGGUGCAGGGCUGCUGGGUCCUCAAGUCUGACCUACUCUACCCCACGGCCGCCCUCACCACGACCACCACCCCCUCCGCCCCCCACGGUACCACCCACUCCUACAUCACCACCCGCAGGAGCGCAGGACGCACCAGUGGCCGCCACAACACGCCAGCGGGCACCCCACACAAGGCUAUGGUCGACGCCAGGGAGUAUGCCUUGUACCUGCUGAGCUCACAAGGCUGGCUGGAGCUGGACAAGCUGCAGCAGAUGACGCCCGUGCCAGGGACAGACAUGCUGGCCAUGCUGGGGGCCAUUGCAAGACCUCAGCUCGCGCAGGGCAACAACAAGAGCUCGGGCCGCUGGGUCUUCCUGCUCGACAGAGACGAUCACUUCAUCGAACAGCACAGAGAGGUGACGCAGCGCUACGCCAUGAAGUGGGAGUAUCAGUUCAGAACCCGCAUCGCUCCGAGAUAGCAACGUCCGAGAUCUGAAUAGUUGUGCAAUAUAACUACUGCUCGUGA